CAACUUCGCAAGCUUCUACCUGGGCCGCUGCACGACAUGUUUGCUCCGCGCUGAGCGUGGAGGAGGAGAUAAAUCCGGACUUGUCUUCACCCAGAAGAGGCUGGUGGCUCCGAUUUCGGUGGGGCGGAGAUUCCGUUCUGGGUUUCUGAACAGUCGUGUUCCCGUUUCUCAAGACUUAAAAAAACAACUGCUCAACAAACCCCAGCAUGGAUUCGACUCCCAUUGUGUCCUCCUUGAGUAAUCAAGUGAAUCCUUCUACGCUAAAGCCAAUGAAGAAUUUUUAUUUGGGCGAGCCACUAGCGCUGGGGAUCACACAGAUCCUUAUAGGAAUUAUUGGAAUUGCCUUUGGGAUUAUGAUGGACAUAGCAAUUCCAGAUGCAUACCACUCAUAUUACUUACUGAUCAAGACACCAUAUUGGACUGGAAUCUUGUAUAUAAUUUCAGGAUCUGUGUCUGUGAAAGCCUCCAAGACACCCAAGAUGCCAUGGGUGAAAGGCAUGCUGGGAAUGAACGUGGUGAGCACCGUGGCGGCUGCUGUUGGGAUCGUGAUCGCCUCUCUUUCAUUUGACGUGUAUUAUGGACCAGAGGGGCCAAUCAUAACUGCAAUAGAGAGUGUCGUCUUCAUUUUCACCAUCGUAGAGUUCGGCAUCUCCAUCUCCACCGCUGCGUUUGGCUGCAAGACUGUUUGUCGGGAUACCUAUGCUGAAACGAUUGUGGUAGUUUAUCAGAACAUGACUCCGGAUAAUGCUGUUAGCCAGCCAGCUGCUUGCAAGGAUCCUGAGACCGCCUGA